AUGUCCGUUCACAGGAUGAUCGCUUUCGAGAUGAAGUCGGAUUCGGAAACAAUAACUCUCCGACGAAAUCCAAGGGCAACAAACUGGGAGGUAUAUCAUGGUAACCUAGGGAGCUCCCUAGAAGCGAGCAACCGGGGUGAACGAAUAACCUCCACAAGGCAGUUAGACAACGAAGUAGAAACCUUAAGCAGUUGCAUCGUCUCGGCAUAUGAGGAGGCUUGCCCUCUCAGGGCGGCAGACGGCCAGGCGUUCUUCAACCGAGCUGUCAGGGAAGGGGAAGGGACCUCUUGGGACGAUUACAAAACUGCAAGGCGAGAGUUUAAGAAGGAACUUAGGCGUAGCAAGAGAUCUGGCUGGAAGGCAUACUGCAGUGAGCUGGAGUCCCUGCCGGAGACAGCCAGAUUAAUGAAGAUCUUAAGCUGCGACAAAAGGGAGAAAUUAGAAUCAUUAAAGAGGGAAGAUGGGACUUGGACCACUUCCAGCGAGGAGUGUUUAGAACUUCUGCUGGAAACUCACUUUUCAGGUGGAGGCCAUGUCGUCGAGGGCACCAGGGCGGAGCCAAUGCCACAAGCAGAUUGGCUCCUGGCCGAGGAGCUCAUUGGCGACGAGGCAGUAACCUGGGCAGUGAAUGAGUUCGAACCCUACAAGGCAGCGGGGCCGGACGGAGUUUUCCCGUCGUUGUUGCAGAGGGGCCUGGACAUUCUCUUGCCAUGUACGGUGAGGGUGUUCCGAGCCAGUCUGGCGAUGGGCUACGUCCCACAGGCUUAG